GCCACUUUCUGCACUCCCCCCACAAGCCACAGACAGCGUGGAGAGUGAAAGAGGUUGAAACAAGAGGGAGAAUCACCCAACAGAGGCAGAGAAGGUGUUAAAGCAUGCCAGCGUACGCCACCAACAUGAGGCUCAAGUUCCCUAUUUUGGCCUUGAUACUGGAAGCCGUGACCAUUGUCCUGUAUGCUCUCUUUGUGGUUUAUGACACCGGUGAUGCUCAUGGUGGGGGUCAUCAUGCAGAAGAGAAUAAUACUCAUUCAGGUGGUCCAUUGACCCUCUAUCCAAUGUUUCAGGAUGUACAUGUGAUGAUCUUCAUUGGCUUUGGUUUCUUGAUGACCUUCCUAAAGAGAUAUGGAUUUAGCAGCGUGGGCAUCAACCUGUUGCUUGCUGCCUUUGGCUUGCAGUGGGGUCUUCUCCUCCAGAACAUGUGGCAUAUGCAUGAUGGAAAAAUAAAAGUCAGCAUUGAGAGCAUGAUUAAUGCUGACUUCAGUACAGCAACGGUUCUGAUCUCGUUUGGAGCAGUUUUGGGGAAAACCAGCCCUGUCCAGCUUCUCAUCAUGACCUUGUUGGAGAUCACCGUCUUCUGCAUCAAUGAGCAUUUGGUUGUGGGAGUUCUCGGGGUUUCUGAUGUUGGUGCCUCAAUGACCAUCCAUGCUUUUGGGGCUUACUUUGGAUUAGCUGUUGCUCGUGUUCUUUAUCGCCCUGGUCUUCGGAACGGCCAUGAGAAUGAUGGAUCAGUCUAUAACUCAGACUUGUUUGCAAUGAUCGGCACAGUUUACCUGUGGAUGUUUUGGCCCAGCUUUAAUUCUGCUAUUGCUAAUCCUGGUGAUGCUCAGCUAAGAGCUGUUAUCAACACAUAUUUCUCUCUGGCUGCUUGUGCUCUUGCUGCCUACGCUACCUCCAGUCUGGUGGAGAAGAAGGGGAAACUUGACAUGGUUCACAUCCAGAACGCCACGCUGGCUGGAGGUGUAGCUGUUGGUACCUGCGCCGACAUGGACAUCCAACCAUUCGGAGCAAUGAUGAUCGGAAUCACUGCAGGCAUUAUCUCCACUGUUGGAUUUAAGUUCCUUACUCCCAUACUCGCCUCCAAACUCGGAAUCCAAGACACCUGUGGCGUGCAUAACCUUCACGGCAUGCCGGGCAUCCUAGGGGGUCUUGCCGGCAUUGUGGCGGCAGCGCUGAAUAAGAAAGAAGAUGUUUCAGCAGCUUAUCAGGCAGCAGGUUUGGCAUCUUCUCUGGGGUUUGCUUUGGUGGGUGGGUUGAUCACAGGUCUGAUUAUGAAGAUUCCAUUUUGGGGACAGCCACCUGACCAAAACUGCUUCGAUGACUCAAUCUUCUGGGAGGUACCUGAGGAAGAGGAAGAAACCGAAGAGCGUUUGGCUCACGGCGAUUAUUCCCAGAACAAAGCAGAGGCUUAAAGCUCUGCUUCAAACCAACUUCACAAAACAAGAGACGUGGUCCAAUAAGCACCUCAGGGGCUUUACAGCCAUCAGCAUCUACACCACUUACUAAAAUCUUCAACACAGAACUCACCAUAAGCUAGAAGAGAUGUCAUGUAUUCUUUUGUGAGGGGUGCUUUUCUUAAAUUCAUGUAGCUAAAAUUUAAAAACAUGCAAUUUAUAUUAUUACACUGAUAAUGGUCUCUAAAACCUUCUAAGAGUUGGCAUUAUAUAAUGAAAUGUAAGAUGGUUAAAAGUAUAUUACCAAAAAGUUACUGAGUUAACUCAAAGUACGGGUCAGUUAUUGUUGUCAUCUGCUGAAAUGCACUUAGCAGACAUUGACUGACUAGUUGCUCACUGUAACAUGCCAAAAAAUCUGAGCCAAUGUGAGACUUCUUCCUUAAGUGCCUUUUAUCAAAGUAGAUCAUUUUGCUUUGAAUAAGCUUUUUUUUUUUUAGUUAUUAUUAUUUCUACAGACCCAUUUUGUAUUUUGACCAAUGCUUUCAUAUAUUUUUUUACAAUCAUGCCAAUUAGUCCACAUCCAAAGAGAGAUCCUUUAACUUUCUUUCAACAAUUAUAAUUGCUUAUUAUUGUGAUCAGUAACAACCCUUCUUACGCAAUGAUAUAAGUAUUUAAAACUAUUGUAUCCUGAAAAACUAACAAACAUAUUGUUGACUUUUAUAUUUUCUACACAAUUUCUAAUCAUUUAAUAUGAACUCAGGCAAACAGUGGCCCCAAAAAAGUAUUUAAAAUCUCACAGAAAAAGUUGUAUAUAAAACAUCAUGAAAUAUCAAUUAAAGUGGCAUGUAUUUAAAACAAACAUAACCAAGCACACUUUUCCAGUUUUCUUGGUUUAAAAAUAUGAAACAACAAGAUUUACACUACAACACUUUCUGGUUGUGAAGAAAGUAUCCAAAGGACUAAAGGACACUCGGACCAAUGAUUAAAAUUAAUGGCAUAAAUUGCUAAGAAAUGUGAAGUUAAUUCUGAGGAAAAGUUCUAGCAUCAUUUGUCUGCAGUGUAGUGUCCAAAUACAUUUUGGGGCCACUGUACAUUAUAUAUAUUUCAUCUUUUUGUCAGGAUUAUUGUAAAACUAUGAUGUCAUUCAAUACUAUUACAAAAGCUCUUUUAUGUUGCUUGAACUUUCAGCUAGUAGUACAAAUAAGCAGACGUGAUCGGAUAGUCACUGCUUGCACUCAGUAAGACUUCCAAAUGCCAUCUUUUUAAUGAUAAAGAGGAUAUGGAAAAAAAACUCUAUGCAAGCUGACUUACUGAUUCAAUUUUUGUCUUUGAAUGUAUGUGUUCCCACAUGCCUCACUACCAGACCUCAUCAAUUCAUUGUAUUUGAAAAGUAUGUGAAUGUAUUAAACUUUUACAGUCAUUUAUAAAA